UAUAUAAUUCAGGCCAAGAAGGACCAUUUUUCUUACCAUUCCUUUGUAUUCCCUCUCCUCUUUCUGGAAGCUGAAAGCUCAAUUUAUAACAUCUGUACACCUGCGCGCGAAAGGACGAAAAACGAUGCCGUUUUGCAAGGUCGCCGAUCCUCAGACCAAUCCGGACGGAGCUUGCAAGAAUGGCACCGAAAUUUUCUACAGAACGUACGGUCAUGGACCGACAAAGGUCCUACUCAUCAUAGGAUUGGCUGGGACGCAUGAUUCCUGGGGCCCGCAAAUAAAGGGUCUGACGGGUAGCGAUAGACCGACUGAUGAUGAUCAAUUGAGGAUCUUUGAUCAGAAUUCACGCGAGGAAGGUGAUACUGAAAUGGGUGGUGGUAUCGAGGUCUGUGCAUUUGAUAAUCGCGGUAUGGGUCGCAGCUCCAUACCCACCAAAAAAUCCCAAUAUACAACAAAAAUAAUGGCAAAAGAUGCCAUUGCUUUACUGGAUCAUCUGGGCUGGCAAAAAGCCCAUGUUUUUGGCCAUUCAAUGGGGGCUAUGAUAGCUUGCAAGUUAGCAGCAAUGGUGCCUGACAGGGUUCUAUCUUUGGCAUUACUUAAUGUUACUGGUGGAGGUUUUGAAUGUUUUCCAAAGCUUGAUCGCCAAACAGUGUCAAUUGCAAUCCGUUUCUUAAAGGCAAAGACUCCUGAGCAAAGGGCAGCAGUUGACUUAGAUACCCAUUACACAAAGGAAUUUCUUGAGGAAUAUGUUGGGUGUAAGACGAGAAGAGCAAUUUUAUAUCAAGAAUAUGUAAAAGGCAUAUCAUCAACUGGGAUGCAGUCUAACUAUGGGUUUGAAGGUCAAAUCAAUGCUUGUUGGACACAUAAGAUGACACAAAUGGAAAUUGAAGUUAUCCGCUCUGCUGGAUUUCUUGUAUCUGUGAUACAUGGCAGGCAUGAUAUCAUUGCUCAAAUAUACUACGCCAAGAGACUUGCAGAGAAGCUGCAGCCAGUUGCUAGGAUGAUAGAUCUGCAUGGUGGUCAUUUAGUGAGUCAUGAGAGGACUAAGGAGGUCAAUCAAGCUCUUCAUGAAUUGAUAAAGGCAUCUGAAUCGAAGGUUAGCCCACACGAUUGGACUAAUUUGCCCCAGAAAAAAUCUGCCACUUUGAGAUUGACAUGGACGUCACUUACUACGACAAGUACAGAUCGGCCAACAUUUAGCAUAGCUGAAAAGAUACAUAUAUGCCUAUUAUAUAUUUGUAGUCUCUUUGUGUUGGUAUUUGAGCGUGCACGAAGGGUUCAAAGGAGUCUGAGACCAUCUAGAGUUGAGGCUUCACUUACAUAAGCUAAUUGUCAAUGAACCUAAUUUUUACAGGGUUUAUUGAUUUGUCAUCCUAAUACAGCGGCAAUAAAUGAUAAUGUGAGUUGCACUUGGUGGUGCAUUGUAUUCAGAAUAAGUUUUGAUAGGCAGGGCACACGCAUAUACAAUAGCAUAUAAUUGACAUUCGUAAUUAGAGAGAUCUGAAGUUCCUACCGAUGAACAUUUGAAGUUGCCUGGACACUAGCAACUAUGAUUUUAACAAUUUAUGUAUGUUUCCUACAAAAAUGGGGGAAAAAACAAGUAGAUGGUCUAGCGAUUCGAGAACCAAAGGCAAAGAUAGAAUUGUAUUGGAGAUACAAUUUUCAACGGUAUACAUGUAUUAAGAUUUUUAA